GCCUCAGUGUUUGUGUAAAACCGGUUUGACUUCUCUCCUGAAUGAAGGGGAAGUGAAGGACUGUUUGUUGCUGUAACUUUUAAAACUCCUUUAGCUUUCUGUUGCUUUGCAACUCAGCGAUUUUUAUUGUCAUUUUUUGUUUUGUGUUUCUGUCGCAACAUCGAGCAUGAAUGUGUUCAGAAGGGAUAAAGGCUCAACAGCCCCAACUCCAGUGGUUCCACCCAGACCCAGCAAGGAGGAUAUAGACAACCCCAUCCAGCACAGCCUGAAUCGGCCGGAUGCAGGAAUGACCGCCAACAGUGAGGUCACAAGCGAGCUUAACCCAAAAACCAAGAGAACGGGGGUGAUGGGAGUUAUGAACAAGGUCAACCCGUUCAAGUCUACCUCACAGGCCCCCUCCGCAGUCAGCAAAGCUGCUUCCUCAGAGUCACUAGAACAGGGAACAGACUCCACACAGAACCCUGGCGUGCUGCGAGGGGUCAUGCAGAAGGUCAACCCAUUCAAGUCUACCUCCCAGGUCUCUAAAGCGGCGUCCUCAGAGUCUCUGGAAAAGGGAGGGGUUGCAGACUCUACUCAGAACCCUGGUGGGUUGAAAGGGGUGAUGCAGAAAGUCAACCCAUUCAAGUCUUCCACACAGGUGCCAAAGAGCGAUCCUCAAAACGAUGCUGCAGAUCCACCAGAGACAGGAGAGGAACUUCCAGGCAAACAGAAUCCAUGGAUGAUCACAGGAAUGAUGCAGAAAGUCAACCCAUUCAAAUCCUCCCAGCCGAAGGAUAACCAGCCUCUACACGGUGACCUCUCCUCCAGCAGUGGCAGCUUAUCAGACAAUAACAAAGUGCCAGAGAAGCAGAACCCUGGGGUGUUCAAAGGGAUGAUGCAGAAAGUAAACCCCUUUAAGUCCAACGCUCAGACGCCAAAUGAAGAAUGUCAGACAGACGACGCGGUUCCCAACGCAGCUUCCUCAUUCAGGACGCAGAAAACCCAAGCUAUUCACAGUGAGCACUCCUCCAGCUCUGACAGUGUGGAUGACAGCACCAUAGAGAGACAUACUAUUUGGUAUGCUGAUGCUGACACCAGCUAUGAGGUGAAAAGCCAGCCUACGGAGGCACCAAAGAAAAGAACUAUGACUUUCAAAAUAAAGAGGAUUCUGCCUGCUGCAUUGUUUGGGUCUGGAACAAAGGACUCCUCAUCUGACGCUGAGGCACUUCCCCAGGAAGUAGUAGAAGUUCAGACACUAGAGAUGGCUAAAGUACCACUGCCCAGUGAAGGAACGGUCCUGGAUCCUCUAGACGAUGAGGAAGGCCUUUUAGCGUGGUGGAAAACAGUAGACGGCUGGGAUGAGUGGAAUGAGUCUAACCAGGAGGAGGAACCUGAAGAAGUUGUGGAAGAAGCAGCCGAUCGUGUCUUCAUGGCGGCUCGUCUUUUCGUUCGCUUUUUCAACCAGCGUGGCGCCUCGCUCCAGCAGCGAAUCCUAGAGCUGCUCGCUUUGGCUGAUUCGGCGGACCUUUUCCAUAAGAAAACCGUCAAGGCCAGUUUGGGCGGAGGGGUGGCCAGCGUUGCGGGGUCUGUCACAACCAUCACCGGCCUCAUUUUGGCGCCCUUCACAGCAGGAGCGUCGCUCAUCGUCACGGCUGUAGGCAUCGGCAUAGCUACGGCAGGUGGGGUGGCAUCCGCUUCGGCCAACAUCACAGACACGGUCCAUUCAAAGACCGACCGCAAGAAGGUGGAGAAGAUUAUCCAAGACUACGAGGAGGCGAUGAAGGACAUCAAGGAGUGCCUGGAGUUUGUGCAGGAAGGCAUGGUGGCGCUUGAGGAGUGGAACUUCGAGAAGUACGCCGAGAGCAUCUCAAAGAAGUACCUCAACCAGAACAUCAAACAUGUGAUGAAGGAGGGCGGCCGGGCCGGCAAGGCUUUAGUGAUCAAUACCGAGAGCCUGAUUAGUACCGUUCAGGUCCUCAGUGUUGCGGGGGGUGCCGCUAAAGCCGUCCAGGUGAUGAGCAUUACCACUGGAGUCAUGUCGGGUCUCUUCCUGGCUCUCGAUCUCUUUUUCCUGGCGAAGGAUGCCAAGGAGCUCAAAGCGGGAGCCAAGACAGAGUUUGCCGAUAAGAUUCGAGAAGUUUGCAAGGACCUGCAGGACGGACUGCUGGAGCUGAACCGCAUCAAGGAACAGCUGCAGAAAACCAUAGACGGGAUAGAGGUGGAGGUAGACGAGGAGGAAGAGGAUGAAGAGAUGUUGAAGUCUGAGCUGAAGAAACUUGUCGAGUGAAUGACAAAUAGUGGUUAGCCGCAAUAUGAAUGCGUAUGCAAAAGGCGCAAUGCGAAUGCAAAGCUGCUACACGACUGCAAAAGCCGCAAUGCAAACACAAAUCCAAGAGCUGCAGCGCAAAAGCCACAAUGCAAAAAUCUGUCACUCGCACGUCUCACGGAACAGAUGCACUUCCAUUCAGAAGCAUAAGCUGCACAGACAGUUGUUUAAAUCACAAAUAUCCCACUAUAUUGAUGUUUUGAACUUAUUAAUUGAUCAAGGCUCCCAGUCUACGAACGAACAGACAGAUUCCUCUCACUCGCUACGAUGGGCAGGGGAAUAAAAAUCAAUGAAUCAAUACAUACAAACACUGUUGAUUUCUUCCCAUGGAGCUAUGGUCGUAGCCAGCUAUGAGGUCACCGAGGUCCGGACCUCACUCGUUAUUUUCUAAGAAGCCCACUGUGUGUCUGCAUCUGAAUGACAUGAAACUGUUUGAAACAUUCAGGCGGUUACACCUCAAUCAGCACCUCGGUGACCUCAUAGCUGGCUACGGCCAUGGCUCAAUGAGAAGAAAUAAACAGCGUUUGUAUGUAUUGAUUUUUUUUUUUUCCUCGCCCACCGUAGCUAAUGAAGGAAAUCUGUUUGUAGUGAAACAGGCGAGCUCACAGACAGACUGGGAGCCUUUAUCAAUACGGUUAAUAAGUU